AUUCAAAGGUAGCAUUGGAUGCGCUAGGCGCGUCGUGCGAUGGCGACACUUGUUCGCUCUUGAACAUCAUUCGAGAUUGGCGGUUCCUGAUCCUCCCACGCCUCGACCUUCGCCUUUCAAUUUGACGAGGUCUUUUCAGGAACCACACGACGCCACACGACGUCCCCGCAUCGCCACGUCGCCUUCUCGACCUCACUUCACCUCACCAUCCAUUGUCCUACUCGCAGCAUCUUUUGACGGAGUUGCGUGCGACAUCAUACCCAGCUCAGAGCCUUCACCAAAGGUCUCAACCUGACUGCGCUAUAGAUUAACUGGCUUCUGCUCGCGCAGACCAGGCUGCCCCCCCAUCCACCCUCCUUCCUUCCUCCUCCUUCGCCUCCCCACUAGCAUCAUCACUACCAUGUCGCGCCUCUUUCGCUCUCCAGCUGAAGAGGAGGACCCAGCACACUUGCCAGAGACGCAGCCGCACGGCGUCUCGUCGGUAGCUAAGGGUAGACAGUCAGCUUGGAGGUGGCUCAUCGGCUACAAUGACAUCGAGGCACAUCGCAUCGGCGUGCCCAUGGUCUCGUCCAAGGACUGGCUUGGAGACAUCUUCAAUCAUCCAGGCUCCAAAGCUGCCGCCUAUCUCGACUCUCUUUUCCCCUUUACGCACUGGAUCACUCGCUACAACCUGCAGUGGGGUGUGGGAGACCUCAUUGCCGGCAUCACCGUCGCACUCGUACUGGUUCCGCAGAGUAUGAGUUACGCUACACUCGCUGGCUUGCGCCCAGAAUAUGGCCUCUACUCGUCUUUGACGGGAGUGGUCCUUUAUCCCCUCUUUGCCACAUCAAAAGACGUCUCCGUAGGGCCUGUUGCCGUCAUGUCGCUGCAAACUAGUAACGUCAUCGUGAAGGUCAUGUCGAGGACGGACGCAUGGUCUCCUGAGGUCAUCGCUUCGGCACUCGCCUUCAUGUGUGGAGUCAUCACGUUAGGCCUGGGUCUACUUCGUCUUGGCUGGAUCACUGAAUUCAUCCCAUCGCCAGGCAUUGCGGGUUUCACAACGGGCUCAGCCAUCACCAUCGCCGCCUCACAAGUCCCAAAGUUGAUGGGAAUCAGUGGGGUCAAUACGAAUGGUCAGGCGGCGUACAGGGUCAUCAUUGACACGCUUAAGGGCUUACCGCGCACCAAGAUCGAUGCCGCCUUUGGCCUCACGGCCCUCUUCUCGCUGUAUGCCAUCCGAUCAGCGUGCGUCCACAUCCCUCGGCGCUAUCCCAAGGCAGCACGAGUGUGCUUCUUCAUCUCGGUCUUCCGCAGCGCCUUUGUCAUCAUCGUCCUCACCAUCGCAGCAAGGCUGUGGGUUGGGAACAAUUACACGUACGCACAGCAGAAGAGCUAUCCGAUCAGCCUCCUCAAGACGGUUCCUCGUGGAUUCCAGCACGUCGGUGUGCCCAAUCUCAACACAACCCUUCUAUCAGACAUGGCUAGCGAGCUACCUGUGUCUGCCAUCGUCCUCCUGCUCGAGCACAUCGCGAUUUCGCGUUCCUUUGGUCGUCAAUAUGGUUACCGCAUCGUGCCCUCACAAGAACUCCUCGCGAUCGGAGCGACGAACAUCUUUGGCCCCUUUUUGGGCGGUUACGCCGCCACUGGUUCCUUCUCGCGCUCCGCCAUCAAGGCCAAGUCGGGCGUCCGAACUCCUCUGGCUGGCUGGGUCACUGCAGUGCUUGUCGUCAUUGCACUCUACGCCUUGAAUGGAGUCUUCUACUGGAUCCCAUCGGCAGCCCUUUCAGCGAUCAUCAUUCACGCGGUCAUCGACCUUCUCGCCUCACCCCGCGCGGUGUACCGCUUCUGGCUCAUCUCACCCUUCGAGAUGCUCAUCUUCCUAGCCGCCGUCUUCGUCAGCGUCUUCAGCAGCCUCGAGAAUGGCGUCUACACAUCGAUUGGUGCAUCAUUGGUCCUACUCCUUGUACGCAUCGCCAAGCCACGCGCAAGCUUCCUCGGAACGGUAGACAUUCGGCACGACGAUUCGCCGGAGGCAACACAGACCGACAAUGCGCCAAGUCGGGUCGCCUUUGUCCCCCUCGAUGAUCGCGGCGGGCUUCGCGAUCCAAGUGUCAAGGUCACACCUCCUCCGCCUGGCGUCUUGAUGCUGCGUUUCGAAGAGGCCUUCACGUACCCCAACGCUUCUGCCCUCGGCGACUUCAUCAUCCAGCACGUCAAGACGGUGACCCGACCUGGCCGAGCUUCUGCCUAUGCUCGACCCGGCGAUCGUCCUUGGAACGAUCCUGGUCCGAUCAAUCCUCUGUUGGCCAAGGUUUUGCGCCCCUUUACGUUCUCAAAGGCCAAGCGCAAUCUCGACGCCAAGAUAGGCGAGGCUGUUGGCGGCGGUUUCCAGGAGGACCCACGCCCAGUUCUGCGCGCCUUCAUUUUCGACUUUAGCAGCGUAGCCAACGUCGACACGACGUCGGUCCAAACGCUGGUCGAUGUUCGUGCCGCUCUCGAACGCUACGCGGGGCAGCCGAUCGAGUUUCAUUUCGCAACCCUCCUCUCGCCUUGGGUACGCCGAGCUCUCCUGGCUGGUGGGUUUGGCACUGGCUCAACGCAGGGCCAUGUCAUCGAGAUUGCACCCGUCGUAUCGACGCGCAAUGCUCUCGGGCCGCAGGAGCAAGCGCUACGUCGCAUCGAGGAGCACACGAGGAGAAGAAGGCAAGAGCAGGCCGAGGACAAGGGCAGUGGUUCCUCCUCGGCAGACCGUGUCGAUGACGUCGAUGUCCUCGACUCGGGCGCGGCAGCUUCGACAUCUCGGCCUACCUCCUCUGUUUCUUCAACAAACAAGGACCGCCUCGCUGAGGAAGGUGCCAUCAGCCGCAACGACGAAGACGACGACGCUGGGUCUGCAGCUUCAGUGGCCGUCUUGUGGGGCGCAGAUCUCUGCCCGGCGUUCCAUCUUGAUCUGUCUGCUGCCUUGGCAGCUGCUACUGCCGCAGCGAAGAAGUAGCACGAGGAGCGAGUCUCAGGCCGUGUUCUCCCUCGUUGCUUUCAAGCCCCUUUGUAUUAUCAAGCGACUUUGUCUCAUAGAAAGUACGUUCUCAUGAUU